GCAGGGCUAUGCGGUUUGGUGCGGACUCGCCUCGCCCUGCUACAUUACAGCUUUUCCCGCUUCUCUUUCUUACAAACUGAAGCUGCCAUUCUCACUGUCGCUGCACUCCAGGCUGGAAGAUGUCUGCUGGCUUCUGCUCUCUACAGCCACAUUAGGAAGGAAUCCCCCACACACACCCCACGGACGCGGAGCCUCCUCGGGAAGAAGCUCAGCGCUGUGGUCCCUCUCUUUGGCUCUUCAUGCUUCCCGGAGUUUGGCCUUUAAACACUGCAGCGAAUUGGAGCGUGUCUAUGGAGUUUAGGAGCAUGUUUUUCGUGCCAGGCCAAGGUGUUAACGGGCAGGAGAUGCCCUCUGGCUAGCAGCAGUAACUUAUCUCGAGCGCAGCUAGGUUGCAAACAGAUAACUUAGCAUAUAAGUAGGCGAAGCUAUAUAUAAAUACCAAAAACACUGUUUUUACCGAUAUACAUUUUAAACUAAUGAAACAGAAGCUGUCUCGGCGGAUAUUUUUUUUUUCCUCAAUCUAUUUUGCACUCGGCGUCAAGCUAGCUAGCAUCUUUCGCAAUUUAAACGCUAAAUGCUCACUUACACUCUAAAAUGAGAGGCUAAAGGUUCUGUUUACUAUCGAUACACUCCUCUUUAAGAUAUUUUAGACCGACUACCAUUCAUUAACUGCGUCUUUUGUCAAAUGAAUCAACACAUCUUGGGCAAAUGAGAGGAUAAACCUGUCAGCUAACUAGUUGGUGACAAAAAAAAGGACAUUUUAUUUUACUUAUUGGUGCUGAUUGUAAAUAAAAACAGUUGGUAUUUGGCCCUUGCUUAAACGAUUAAAUCACGCCAAGAGGACAACAACAUCUUUUGGCCAUGGAGGGAAAUGUACAGCAACAGAAAAUAGCUCCUUUGGUCCGGGAACUGCAGAAAAUAUUUAGCAGCUACAACAAGCACUCCAUACAGCUGAGGAAAAACUUGAAGGAGACCAAUGCAUUCUUCAGAGAAAUAAGGCAAAACUACAGUAAUGCGUGUGCAGCAACUAUAAGCUCAGAUUCAGCUUCUCUGGAGGCAGGCCAGCUGAGCUGCAUCGCUUUCCCAAGUCAUGAGGAAGAGUUCCUGCGCAGCACCGUGGGAGCCGCUCCGUACAUCCUGGUUUUAGGCCAGGACUGUGGCGCCCGCUACCGGCUGCUCAACUGCCUUCUUGGGGAAAGGCUGCUGCCUCAAGGUACAGAGGCCGUAGAGGGCUGCGCGGGCGACCAAGGCAUUGUCUGCAAGAGGAGGAAGCUGUGCUUCACUCAUGGGAGGCAGACGCGGCUCAGCUUAGCACUGCCCGGCCAGUAUGAGCUGGUGCAUCAGCUUGCUGCUAACAGAGGCCGCUGGGAUACAGUGCCCAGGGAGGACCUGGAGAUCCAUGAGGAGUGUGAGGACCCAGCCCACAGGCUGGCAGAGCUGGAAAUCACCCUGCAUCAUCCUCUGCUUCAGGAAACCAAGGUCAUGGUGGUCCCAUGUCCAAGUGUCCAGCCUAUAGAAGAGGCCCUGGAAGACUGCACUCGCAAUGUGAUGCCCGUCAUCCUCUACGCCAUCAACCAGGACACUCUCAGUACAGACCAGGUGGCCGACCUCCGGAAGGUCAAAGAGAUGCUCCCAUUUCCCAUUUGUUUUGUCCGUACCCCUGCCUCCACGCUAGCUGCCUCCCCAGAGUCCAGCCGCCGGGGGGAAAAGGAGAAGGAGAGGAGUGGCCUGCACAAGCAGCUGCUCUCGCUCGGCUUCUUGAGUAGCCAGACUGGACACUGUUCCUGUGGAGCCCCGACGCAGGUUUCCGCCCCAGGGGCAAAACCCCAAAGCAUACUGGGCGAAACUUUUGAUCGACUGCAUCGGCUGCUGGUUCCGUUUGCUCGUCAAGUUCUCCAAAACCAGCAAGUAGAGGCUGCCAACCUGCUGAAUGGGCUUCACUGUCGAUGUCUCGACCUUUUCAUCAACCAGGCCUUUGACAUGCAGAGGGACCUGCAGAUAACUCCCCGCAGGCUGGAGUACACUCGUGAGAAAGAGGGUGAACUCUUCAACUCCCUGAUGGCCAUCGCAAACAGAAAACAGGAGGAGAUGAAGGAGAUGAUUGUCGAGACCCUGGGCAGCAUGAAGGAGCAGUUACUAGAUGAUGCAGCCAACCUAGAGUUCAAAGACAUCAUUGUAACUACCAAUGGAGAGCCUGUUACGUCAAAGGAAAUACAAUCCUGCAUCCACUUGAUCCAGGAACUGAUAGUGGUGCGUUUGAAUCAGGCGGUGGCCAAUAAGCUGAUCAGCUCUGUGGACUAUCUGAGGGAGAGCUUUGUGGGAACGCUGGAGCGGUGCCUCAACAGCCUAGAGAAGUCCAACUUCGACUCAUCUGUGCAUAAUGUCACUUCUAAUCAUCUUAAACAGUUACUUAAUGCUGCCUAUCAUGUGGAAGUCACCUUUCAUUCGGGAUCCUCCGUCACAAGGCUGGUCUGGGAGCAAAUCAAACAGAUAAUCCACAGGAUUACGUUUGUAAAUCCCCCUGUUAUCACACCAGAGUGGAAGCGAAAAGUGGCCCAGGAUGCUAUAGAAAGUCUCAGCGCUGCCAAACUGGCCCGCAGCAUCUGCUCCCAGUUCAGAACCCGGUUGAACAGCUCUCAUGAGGCCUUUGCAGCAUCUUUACGACAGCUUGAAGAAGGUCACACAGGCCGUCUAGAGCGCACUGAAGACUUGUGGCUGCGUGUGAGGAAGGACCACGCCCCUCGACUGGCCCGGCUGUCUUUGGAGAGCCGCUCCCUGAGGGAUGUGCUGCUGCAUGGAAAGCCUAAGCUUGGGCAUGAAUUGGGCCGGGGCCAGUAUGGAGUGGUUUACCUGUGUGACAGCUGGGGAGGACACUACCCAUGUGCCCUGAAGUCUGUGGUUCCACCUGACGAUAAACACUGGAACGACUUGGCUUUAGAGUUUCACUACACAAGAUCUCUGCCCAAGCAUGAACGGCUGGUCGACCUGCACGGCUCUGUGAUUGAUUACACCUAUGGUGACGGCUCCAGCAUCGCCGUGCUGCUUAUCAUGGAGCGACUGCAUCGAGAUCUCUACACCGGGUUAAAGGCUGGUUUGUCCCUGAGAGAGAGGCUGCAGAUCGCUCUAGAUGUGGUGGAGGGAAUCCGCUUCCUGCACAGUCAGGGUCUCGUACACAGAGACAUUAAAUUAAAAAAUGUUCUGUUGGACAAGCAAAAUCGUGCAAAGAUCACAGAUCUGGGUUUUUGCAAACCAGAGGCCAUGAUGUCUGGCAGCAUUGUUGGGACUCCCAUCCAUAUGGCUCCAGAACUGUUUACAGGGAAGUACGAUAACUCUGUAGAUGUUUACGCCUUCGGGAUCUUGUUCUGGUAUCUCUGCACGGGUGCAGUGAAGCUUCCAGAAGCCUUUGAGAGAUGCUCAAGCAAGGAUCAGCUUUGGAACAAUGUCAAGAAAGGUUCCAGACCGGAGCGGUUGCCCACUUUCGAUGAGGAAUGCUGGCAGCUGAUGGAGGCCUGCUGGAACGGGGACCCUUCCCUCAGACCCCUGCUCGGCAUCGUGCAGCCCAGCCUGCAAAGCAUUAUGCAUCGGCUCUGCAACUGCAGCUCGGAGCAGAAAAGCAGCAGCUUAGAGGACUCAAACUGAAAACACUUCAAACGAACUAACAGAAAAGUUUUCUUUCUUUUUUUGUUGUAUUUGUGAAGAUCAGAGCUGAGCAGGCCGAUGAAAGAUGACCAAUGAAAGCAGUCCCGCUCGUUCUCUGGUGGUGGAUUUGCAAUAUUUAUAAGGAGCUGAUAAAAAAACCAAGGGUGUGCAAAUGUAUUUUAUUGUUUGUGUUUUGUGUAUUUGUAUAAAAACUCCACACUAUUCUUUUCUCAUUGUAGCGACAGGACUAAUUGCUACUUCAACAACGAAAUGCUUCUAGAUGCGAAUUGUUUUAAAAAUGGUUUGUUCCAAGUAUUAUCGAAAAUAUAAAUGUGUAAGAUUGAUUUUAGAUUGUAUUUAAACUGUCUGCAUCUAUUCAAAAACAUCUUUCUUUUUUAAAUAAAAUGAGCUGUUACAACAAAA